AUGCACUUCGGACUUUUGUGCUUGCCUAUUAAGCUCAAAUUAGGUGGUACUGCUGUCGACCACGUCAUUGUGAAUUCGGAUUUUGAGGAGGAGGAAGGGCUGUCUGCUUUUGCAAACUUAGCCCACUACGAAGAGAAAGGAGUGAAAAAGGGGUUGAAGGAAGGGUUCUGCAAUAAGACAAUAUAUCAGGCUAGAUUAAAACUUGCUAAACAUUGUAGAAUUACGCAAGCUGAACUAUGGGCCACGUACAAAGCAAUCAUCCAAAUAAAAGAUAACUUAAAUAAAUACAAGGGUAACAUAAAAUUCCUUAUUGACAGUAAGGUAGUCCUUCAUGUCUUGGCAAAAACUGAAAACAUCACGCUACUGGGCAAAGAAGUUAUUAAAGUAGCACAAUAUCUCAGUACUACCCGCAAUAUUCAAUUCAGUUGGAUACCAGCUCAUAAAGGUCAUAAAGGAAACGAACUGGCCGAUUCUUUGGCCAAAAUGGCUGGUACUCUCAAGACGCAGGAUACAUAUACCAGGUUACCAAAAUCAACACUGAAAAAUUCCUUAAACGAAUGGGCACUACUUGAAUGGCAGGAAAAUUGGAAUAAUUCUACAACGGGGAGACUUUGCCACCAGUUUAUUCCCUCUAUUACUAAUCGCAUCAAGGCUAAUUACUACAAACCUAGAUCCGAAACCACCCAAUGUUUAACGGGGCACGGCAAUUUUAUGGCCUACCUCUACCGCUUUAAGAAGAGAAACACUAAUAAAUGCCGGUGCGACAAUAAUAGUGUAGGAGAUGCCAUUCAUUUUAUAUUCCACUGUGAACGAUAUGAGGAUCAACGUAUUCCAUUCUACAUGGAAUGCAUUCAAGGUCAUAAUUGGCCACCGACACUACAAAACAUUUUUGAUAAGAAAAAUCUCUGGAAGUGUUUUGAAAGGUUUAUUGAAAGCACCAGGGCUCUUCUGCCAGACUUCUACAGGAAAGAAAAAAUUCUUGAGAAUGAAAACAAGAACAGACAAGAUGAGCAGGAAGACAGUGAAAAAUCGGAAAAGUGA